AUGGCGGAGACUCUUGACCUUCUGGGGGUGAUUGGGACGUGGGUGGCUGCCUUUCUGGCGAUCAUCGCACUGGCCGGCAUAAUCCCGGCUUAUAUUCUGUAUCGCACGUCUCAAACAGAACAUUACGAGGCGCCUAGCCAGAUCGACGACAAAAACCACGAGUACAUCUCGAAAGGAUAUACGCUUCUACCGGGAAGGCGCUUCUUCCGCUCGAUCAGGGUACCGGAUCUGACGCAGCCGCCGAGACUAGCCAGAAAUGCAAAUGAGCCAGAAGUAACCAUCCAUCGAGACUGUGCCCUUCUCGACCGCGACGGCAGCCCGUCCGCGACAUCGUGGGUCAAUUUCAUAAGCCUUCUUCGGGCAUAUGGGGUUUCUCCGCGGGCCAUCGGCGGUAAGCUGAAGAUAUCAGGGACUGAGACGUUGCUUCCAGUGCAUAGGAGCUGGGUCCUUCUGAUGGGUCUUAUCGAUCGGUAUUGCUGGCGCAUUGAUUAUGGGCUCUUCGUUGACGAGCCGUCGAAUCCGGCAUGGGCAGCCUUUGGCAACGACUCUCUCAAUGGGCUUAGCGGAAUCAUCGACAGGAUCCAUCCCGGCCGCGACAAGAUCUGCUUCCACAUGCACGAUGUUACCCACAUGAGGAGCAUGCCUGCUUAUAUCCCAAGCCGGGACUUUCCGCCGCGAACACUGUUGUUUUUGUACCUGGGCUACCUACCUGCCGCUGAUGGGAGUCUGCUCUGCAGUGCGGUUGAGUCCGGGUCAAGCGAGGGAGACCUGGUGCCUCAGAUCAACCGGACCACCAGUGGGCCCAACAAACUGGUGUUUUAUAGCAUGGCUGUUCUUGAGCCGAACGAGGUGGCUGUUCGGGACAGGCGGUUGGCGGAUGAGAUGGGGAUCCCGUUGCCAAAAGUCCGUCGACUGGGUCUACAAAGGUCGACUGCAGCCCGUCAUGGACCCUGGGGAGGUCAGGUGCGGAAACGUGACUUGAUCUAUGAUGAUGGUGUGGAGUAUAUUUGUCUUGAGAGCAGAGAGGAAGUGGCUAUUCUGUUAAAUGUGGCUGACACGCAGACCCUGGCCCUGGCAGCACUCCGGCUUGAUCUGAAUGCUCAGUUGUUCCUGUGCGGCGGUGGCCUGGCAGGGCUUUUCAACCGGCUGCUGUCCCCCUCCGAGCUCGAAAACCUUGUGCAGAAGGCGUCACUCAAAGUUGACACAAUGCAAAUGCAAGAUGUUGACAAACAGUCACUUCGAACGGCCAUUGGUGAAAUUGAAGAGCAUCAAUACGCAUCUUCUCGCAGCCGCGGACGCGCUUUGGCCCUUGCGAGACUGGACGACACCCUGACGACACUGAAACGCAAACAUGCCAUUUCACAACGAGCGAUGGAAACGGUAGCGGUCUUAUACUUGACUAAACAAGACUUCAGGGAUUUUCUGGACCAUGAUUCUCAUGGCAAGUCUCGACAGGCCAUGUUCACCAUCGACGUUGCGCAGAAAAGAGUUUGCAUGCCAGAAUCAAACCGGGAGUUCGACUUUGACUUUUCCGCAGUUUUCUCCCUAGACCCGCUGGAUGAAGGCGAGAAGAGUCUGACACUAUCUCUAUGGCAAGCAUUGCUGGCCUUGCUGCAUGCAGUGGUCAAGUGGCAUAUCUGGUCAACCGUUUAUUCUUCGCGGGAUCUCUCUGCCUUCCACACCCCGCUAAACCGUACCCCGACGCAUCCCGCGAUUUGCUUGGUCGUCUUAACAGCGCUUAGGACAUUGGAACAAGCCAAAGAAGCCGCUAUCGCACACAUGCUUCGCCUAGUGAUGAGGAAGAAAUUGCGAGUGAAGAUAGUUGAGGAUGGCAUUCAGAAUAACCAGGAUGGCGAUGAUGAUGACCGGAUCAGCCAUGAAGAUGAAAAUAGCAACGAAGACGAAAGUGGCGAGAAAAAUGACCACAGGGGUAAUCGCGAACCAGUUAACGCUAGUAUGGAUGAGUACAAGCAUUCUGACAAGGAUCCUCAGGGGAAAGGGACAAGCUUGAAUGCCAGUGAGGACGAACUGAAAGGCGGAUGUGCCGGAACGAAUGAUGACCACGUUGAGCAAGAUCGCAGCUUCCAGCAAGACGGAGAAUCAACUACAACUGUUGCGUCAACAGCGGACCGCAAAGCCACGACUGAAGAAGAGCGAGCAAGAGCUGCUGGAGAAGAAAAGCACCUUCCCGUUCUGGAGCAGCUCCUUGCUGCUCAUCCUCGAUCUGAAGAGUCGAGCCUGCCUCGUAAAUUCCGCAACGUCAUCGGAUCGAUCGUGCUGUUGGCAAGGCCUACAUCGGUUGAUACCCUGGCAAUCCUCCUAGAUGAAUCGAGGGAAAGCAUACUUUGUCAACUCGACGAAUUGGAGUCUGCCGUGACCGAACCACUGGUUUCCAGAGAGCCCAUGGAGCUGAGGGACGGGUCCUUCCGCGACUUCAUUCUCGACCCCAACCUGCGCCAUAAGAAUCCGCUUUUUGUCGAUGAGAUCGAUACCCAUAGGGUAUACUCCGGGAAAACCCCUGCAAUCUUGAAAGACCUGGACAUCCACGAGCCGACAUCAGCCACCGGGCUAUCGAAAAUGCGCUUCCACCGCAAGUUUAGUACGCUUGCCGCUUCUGGGUGCACCAUGCAGUCAAAGGCGAGUGCGAAGUCUCUGACAACUGCCAAAUCGCAUGCUUUCUGA